UUUGGAUGACAUUAACAUAUGCAACAAUACCUCCAAAUUUGAGUUUGAUAAAGGCUGAGCUUGAUAAAUAGAGGAAAUGCAUCAAACACAUCAAGUCCAACCUUACAUGUAUCUUGGGACCAUUUGUUUCGUGAUCAGUCAUGUCAUAUAGACAAUCAAGUUGGAUAGAAAAGAUUCGUCAUGGGAACAGCACAGAUGGUCAGGGAUCAAACGAAAACAGUUAGCUGGUCAAGCAUUUUUCCACCAGAACAAGUUACAGAACAGCAAUCCGCGCUUUUUGUAAAGAAAUUGCUGGCUGUUGCUGUAUCGAGUAUAACAUAUCUCAGAGCAAUUUUUCCUGAGCAUGCAUUUGGAGACAGAAGACUUGAAGAUCUUAAUUUGAAGAUACUUAAAGACGAUAGUGCAUGUCCUGGCUCAUGCCAAGUUAUUCAGUGGCUAAAAGGAUCCUUUGACGCACUAGAUAAGAAAUAUUUACGCAUGAUAAUUGUCGGGAUUUACGUGGAUCCAGAAAACCCUGAUAGUAUUGUCGAGUCUUAUACAUUCAAGUUUACUUACAAUAAAGACGGAAUGAGCAUCUUCAGAAAUGGAAAUAAAAUUGCGAGUGCCUAUACUGAAGCAGAAACCAAAAAGGCUACCAUCAGAUUGUUAAGGACUAUAAUACUUCUUACUCAAACGUUAACGUCAUUACCCGACGAAGCCUUGAUGACCAUGAAAUUGCUAUAUUAUGAUGAAGUAACUCCGUCAACAUACCAACCGCCAGGAUUUAAGGAAACGACGAUGGAUAACUUUCAAUUCCAUGAAGAACCAAUGAAUAUUAAAGUCGGAGAUGUGUCCACGCCUUUCCACACAGUAAAACUUCGAAUCAAGACAGAGCUCCAUCAGUUUGACUUCAAAGAAGACGAGAACGAAGACAGUGCAGUUGCUACUAGUGGACAAGAUGCUGAAAUGCUACUUAGUGAUCAGCAGCUUGAGGAAAAUGACUCACAUUACACCAAGAAAACCUCCAAGGAUAUCAAUGAUGACACUAGUGAUGAAAAUCAAGAACAUCCUAUCAAUCCCUUGGAUUCUACGAAAAUGAACUCAAAUGCAUCAACCAACUUUGACAUGGAAUGUGAUCAAGUUCCUACUGAAAGUCCACAAAUACCAUCCAUUGACGAAUCAGCGACAGGAUUAAAACCCGAUGAAAAACAUGUAACAUCAACGUCUGGUGAGAACCAACAAGAGGACCAAAAUGAAGAAGAUGAAGUCUUGCAAGUGGACUGUGCAUGUAGCUAUAAUGAGGAUGACGGUCUAAUGAUAAUGUGUGGUAACUGUAAUACAUGGCAGCACGCUGUGUGUUAUGGAAUCCUAGAGGAAGACGAGGCUCCUGACUUACAUGUUUGUGCCACCUGCUCAAAGAAGAGAGGGGUUUCCGACGAGUGUACAGACCCGUCGUUUAGGGAGCUUGAACCAGCAUCACUUCAGGCCAAGUGUCUUUGGCGCAGAGCUCUUUCUGCGUGUAGCGAGAUGAGUAGAAUUCUGCCUACCGGCCUUUCCCGGCGACUUGGAAUCGAGUUGAGUGUGGCUCAUGGUUUGAUAAACAGACUUACUAAAGAGGGUUUUGUUCGUAGCGCACUUAAGGGGAAAAGACUUGGAAAAAUCGUCAACAAGGCCAAGUUGAGUUCGGAUGAUAUCAGGACUUACAUGCAAAAUGAAAGGAGGGAUAUUCAUAAGCCUCAUAAUGUUGACGACAUUACAGAGAAAGCUUCGCAAAUAAACUUGUCUGGAAAAGUACGUCCAAAAAGAACGAAGGAUCAACACAAAACCACAGUUUCCAAGGGAACGAAAGAAAGACCCAAAAGCGCAAAAAAGGCAAUAGCUACGAUUGAUGGGUAUCAAGAGUUCGAGAUUUCCGACAGCCAAGAACCAGCUCAAGACGAUGGCGAGAUCCCAGCAAAAAAACGCAAAGCCAGCAUUGCAAACAAAGCGAUAAUAGUCUAAUGAUGGAAAAUCCAUAUAUUUUGCAUACCCUGCAUCAGCGGUUUAAUUUGAAUUUAAUCUCGAAAUUUCUUUCUUCCAUCAA